GUGUCUUCGCUGAAGGAGGUGACGGCCAUCACCAAGAGCCUGCUCGACAUUCGCAACAUGGAGGUGACCCACCUCCAGGAAGACAUGGGCUCCAUGGAGGGGAAGCUGGCCAACGAGCGGCAGCGGCAGCAGCUCUUGACCGAGCGCCAUGACAAGGCGGCCACGCUCAACGCCAAGCUCAAGGAGGAGUACGAUGCGCAGAUGAAGAUCUUCCAGGACCUUAAGGGCAAGUACGAGGAUAAGGUGGGUGUCCUGACCCGCGAGAACGAGCGCCUGCUGUCAUCCAUCGGCGACAAGACGGGCAAGCUGGCCGGCGAGGCCAUCCUGACGGCCGAGCGCGCGGGCACCGGGCUGUCCUCCGCUUUGGGGGACGCUAAGGCCUCGGCCGCCGACAAGGCUAACUCCUUCCUCGGGGCCGCCAAGUCCGCUGCGGAAAACGCAAAGACUGCAGCCUCCGAUAACGUCACCUCCAUCUUCGGUGAAGCUAAAUCGGCCGCAGAAAAAGCCGGAUCAGCUGUCGGCGACGCCAAAUCUGCAGCGACUGAAAAAGUCAGCUCUGUCUUUGGUGAGGCCAAGUCGGCCGCGGAGAAGGCAGGGUCUGCCCUCAACGACGCAAAGACUGCUGCCACUGACAAAGUCAGCUCAGCUAUUGGAAACGCAAAGUCCGCUGCCGAGAGCGCCAAGUCAACUGCGACUGAAACUGUCACCUCCGCCAUUGACAGUGCCAAGUCCGCAGCAGACAAGGCUGGAGUAGCCCUAAGCGACGCCAAGUCCGCUGCCACGGAGACGGUCAGCAAUGCCUUCGGCAACGUCAAGUCCGCUGCGGAGGCCGCCAAAACCACCGCAUCCGAGACAGUAAACUCAGCUAUCGGCAACGUCAAGUCUGCAGCAGAGGCCGCCAAAACAACCGCGACCGACACAGUAAACUCAGCUCUCGGCAACGCAAAGUCAGCAGCCGAAAGCGCCAAGACGGCCGCCAGCGAGACGGUCGGCGUCGUCCUCGGAGAGGCCAAGUCUGCUGCCGGAGCAGCGGCUGGCCGGGCGGGAGCGGCUAUUGGCGACGCUAGGGCUGCUGCCUCCGAGAAGGUCGGCGCCGUCAUCGGUGGCGCAGUCUCCACCGCCACCGAGAAGGUCGGCGACGUCUUAGGCUCGGCAGCCGAGAGGGCGAGCGCAGCGCGGUCGGCGGCCAGCGAGGCCGUGGGCGCCGUGCUGGGGGCCGCCACAGAGCGGGCGACAGCCGCCGCCGGGGCCGCCGUCGACCUGGCCGAUCAGGCGAGGUCGGCCGCCGGUGAGAAGGUCGGCGCUGUCCUUGGCGGCGUGAGCAAGGCCUCUGAGGCCGCAACCGGGAAGGCUAAGGGUGCCCUCGGUGAGGCGGACAAGGCCGUCGACAACCUCAACAAUGCAUUUGGCAAAGCUCUGGACUCUGUAUUUCUUCCCAAAUUCGGCGAAAAGUAAGCGGCCACACUGACAUACAAAGGCCGAUAGCCUUCCCAACUAUGACUGUAUUAUGAUUCCACCAUUACUGUACAGUCCUUUCACUUUAUAUCUCAAGGCAGAAAGCUGUGAACAAAUUGGGGUUAUCAUAUGAAAGUCAAUACUCCUAUUAACACUGUUUGAGCAGUCUAGACUAGAUGACCUCCCAGAAACGGUGUGUGGAUCCAUUUUGGAAAUUGAGUGUUCUGUAUGUGGCUCGCCAAACGGGCAAAGAUGUGCUUAUGUAUAUAUAAACAUUGUAUUUAUUCUUUUUUACGAGUAAGAAAGUAAGUUGUUGUUUUUCAGCGAAGACAAAUAAAAUAAAGUCUCCAAAACUUA